GAUAGAAUAUAGACACUGCUAUUCUAUGAUUUUAGGCAGAGUUAUAUCACAUCAUAAUUUAUUAUCAUAGGGCAUAAAAAAUGGAAGUUCUAGAGGUGAGUUGUUGAGUUGAGGCAGGGGAGGAGUGGCUGGUUCUUAUAGUUGCUGGCUUGUGAGCUACAUGCUCUCUUUAAGCCCCAACAAGCAAUAGUUUUUGUUGAACUCUCAAGGAGAACUUUUCAAAGGGAAGAAGAAGUUAUGGCAAUGAACUAUGUGAGGUCUGUUAGACACAUUCUUACCACCAAAGAAGCAGUUGGAGUUGCAAGCAAGCGAGCUUUUGCCACCGGUAAAGCAAAGAAAGGAUCUAAAGGGGGUGGAGCUGGUGAUGGACCCAAAGCAUCAUCUCUUAGCAAAGAAGUCAAGUCAAGUACAGUUGUUGGUGCCAACAUUCUCAAGGAGGGAUCUGAUCCAAAAAUCCUACCUGAUUCAGAAUACCCUGACUGGUUGUGGCAUCUGCUUGACAAACGCCCGGCGCUAAGUGAGUUACGUAGGAAGAACAUUGAAACACUCUCUUAUGAAUAUCUAAAACGCUAUGUUAAGCUGGAUAACCGAGCUAGGAUCAAGGAGAAUAACUCUCUCAAGGCAAAGAACUGAUUCAAUGGUCGAAUGGAGAAAUUGCUAGGAAAUGACAUCGCGGAGCUAUUUCCCUUCCUUCUAGUUUUUAUGGUUCUCAGUCUUUUGGGAUUCAUUUAUGUUAUUGAUUUGCUCAAUUGUGAGCAAAUCCGUUAAAAGAAUUGCAUGGUUUAGUACUUUUUAUGGUUCUUUCGACAACUUUUCUGUCUGUUUUUCCCCCUGGGAUGUUUAGUAGAGGAAUACUGAUUGCCUUUGUUAAUUGCAUAGAAUCUUGUCUA